CCCAGCCGGCGGCGGCGCGCAUUCGUUGCCUCGAGCAACACCAGUGUCGCCAUCUGUGUCAAUGGCAAGACGUCGUCUGCAUCGCGUCGUCGACCGCCAUUGGCGUGGCUCGCAGCAACCUGCUGGGCUUGCCAUUGCCCUUGGCGAUGUGCCGUCGUCUUGCCGUCGCAUGCCGCCGCCGCCUCCUCCAACCCCAUGGACCGACUCUCCGAACCGACAGAUUCACUGACAUGCUCUCCAGUCCUCGUCCCCCAGCAACCCAAAGCCGACACCAUUCCUCCGCUCCGCUCCCGCAUCUCUCCUCGAAGCUCCAUCUCCACCGUGUCCUCGCCCGCGCCGAAUGGCUCUGGCCCCUCCCGACCGGGUGGGGGCCCAACCGGCAGAAACUACGAAAUCCCACCACGACCAAAGCCCGGCCGCAAGCCCGCAACAGACGAGCCCGCGUCCAAGCGAAAGGCGCAGAAUCGCGAGUCGCAGCGCGCAUUCCGCGCCCGCAAGGCGGCCAAGGUCAACGAGCUGACCAUCCAGGUCGACCUAGCCGAGCAGGAGCAUCGACGAAAGAUCAACGAUAAGCUGGUCGAGAUCGACGCCCUGCACAAUGAUGUCCAGAUGCUGCGUGACGCAAACAACGCUCUCAAGACUGAACGGGACUACUGGAAAGAGCAAUUCCAAUUGCUCAAGGACGGCAAUACGUCUGCUACCAUCCAGCAGGACAUGCAAAACUCUUAUCACAACCAGCCCAUGCCUGUAUUGUUCCAGAUGGCCCCCCUCACCGGCCAUAGCCACAACUCUCCCAACCGCAGGUCCAUUGAUAGCGCCCAGGCCUACGGAACGCCGAAUACAACAGGCGCCAUGGGCGGCUGCGACAGAUGCGAGCCUGAUAGCUGCGCAUGCAUAACUGAGAUCGCAAACGACAUGCACUUCCAGCAGCACGCCAAUUUGACUCCCAUGGAGGCUGUACCGCUCCCUCGCCGCAGCAAUGGUGCGACGCCCAUGACUGGCAUUGAACAGACUGGACAAGCAAACUCGGAUGAUGAGUUCAAGGACCGAGAGAUCGACUUCACCGCCAAGUUCCAGGCUCAACGUCCGGCAGCUUCGCUCAUGCCAUCGAAUGAGAUGGCCAAGAUCCAUGACUGCGGCUGGUGUGACAACAAUCCCGAAUACUGUCUCUGCAGGGACUCGACAGUCCGUCCCAAUGGCGAGGAUGACAUGCCCCCGCUAUCUCAGGUUACAAGCGGGUCGUCAAUGGACGGCCUCAAAUCGAGUUCAACCAUGAGCGGACCAGGGAGCUGUGCUGACUGUCAGGCGAAUCCCCGUCAACGGGCAUGGUGUCAAAGAGUGGCACAACUGCGAGGCGAGGCAACCCCGCCCAGCUCACGGCCAAGCUCACGGCGCAACUCGAACAAGAGCAACACACCAGACGUACUGGAACCAAAGGUCGAUUCACGCAUUGAUAACAUCACGGCUUGCUCAUCACCCGUCGUUGGCGAGCGCUCCAUCGGCUGCAGCGAGGCUUUCAAACUGCUCGAUGGCCGCGUGCCCAUGGAUGUCGACCACAUGGACUGGAGGAAUCUCAAGCCUGUGCCCGCUUCCGUCCCCCACGAUGGCCGAAGGGAUACGUUUACAAUGGAGCCAGGCAUGUACAGCGUCAUGGAGCUAGAUGCAAGCAGCAUCCUCACUACACUCCAACACAGCAGACGCCCCCUCGAGCCUCGUCUAUCCGAUGGCCGCCUGGCACCUUUGAUCCGAGAGGCAGAAGACAGGCGUCGCGCUACUCUUUCGCCCAUGACGGUCGCCGAGGAUCACGGUGGCAUGCCCCCUGUGUCGUCGUUCAACAUGGGACGAUAGGUGUUGUUGUUGCAUUCAUUCAGUCAUUGAUACCCGUUAGACGAUUUCUUUUCUACGCACCCAUUCGGGUACAGGUUUUUAGUGCGCAUGCAUGUGCGUAUGUACUUCUGCAUUGCUUAUGAGGGCACGGAUUAGAUGCACGGCUGCUUAAUGGACCGCUGUGCACACAUUGUUUUUUGGUGCAUAGCAUAAAUGUCCACUCACGAUUAUGUAUUAUGUAAUUCAAUCCAUUAUGCAUUGGAACGGAGUACCAGAGUCAUGAAUCCCGAUC